UAUUUUUACUUACUUCCUCGACGAGGCACGACGGUUUUUCGCGCGCGCGAUCAGAACAGAAAGACGUACCUGCUGCUCUCUGUGUUUUCACACCAGAAUAGAGAAGUGGCGUUCGCGGUCGCGACUCGACAAAGCGGAAAAGCGGAUAUCCCAGUGGGACAAGUGAAGUGUGUUACUCCACGUGUGAAAUGUGAAGGAAAAAUGUAAAAAAAAGGAAGCUGGUUAAGGCAGAGUGGUCAGUGUCACAACCGUGUGGACACAGCGUGGCUCCCCUCGUGAUCUUGUUGUGUGUUUCCCCAGCGAAAAAUGAAGCAGGAAGGAAGGAAGGUUUAAAAUCAAAUCAUGCGGUUGAAUGAGCUUACUGUGGUGUGCUACCUGUUCGCGUGGUGCGUAAUCGAACGUGUGUGAAUGCGUAUGGCCGGCAGCCAGAUCAUUUUACACGCAACGAUGAUCGAUGAUUGACAGAGCCGAAGACAAGGUGGGCUCUACCGUGUGAGUGACAAGUGUAUCUCGUGUGUUCUUUUACAAGUAGUGCCGCCUGUUCGAAAGGGGUUUGCUUAUGCGGCACAUGUAAGUUCUCAUCGGCCGGUGGCGACAAAAAGGAAGAAAAAUUGAAAAUAGAAAUUGUGUGGUGGUGGCAGUUGAAUUUAAUUUCCCAAAGAUCUUGCCCAAGUGUGCCGGUGCGCGUUCUUAGUUCCCCGUGUGUGUGUGUGUGUGUUAGUGAGUGUAAUCUGAGCAGCGGGUUAAUCAUGAAAUCAUCCAUGGCCAUUACGAAAAGUGCGGCAUUCCGUUUCAUGCUGCUUUUGCAUUUAUUUUUGAAAGUGAAAAUGUGUGUCGGCUUCGUCGAUGCGCUGGCCGUCGGUGACAGUGACAUUAAUUAUGAGGACAGUGACGAGUGGCUGCGGGACGUCACUGGUGGUGGUGGCCGAUUGCCGAUUUCAACCACCGCCAGCAUACCGGUGUCGGCCAAUUUAAUGCGAUGGGAGGAGCCGUCCGGGGGCCAUCAUGCCGGCCACCGGUUCCGUAUGCAUCACGUUCGGCAUGAGCAGCACUACCUGAAGCAUCGGCCAGUCAAGGUGGUGCCAAAUGUUGGCGAAUCGACGAUGGUGGCCCUGGACCCGGAGGUACAACAGACCGGGUCACAGCAGCAGCAAAAAUCGCGCCAUCACAACAGCCAUCACAGUCAUCAUCACACCCAUCACACUCCUCAUCAUGUGCAGCAUCAGCUCAGCAAGCAUGGCCGGAAAUCGGGUGCAUCCGAUGCUUCGCAAGAGGAAGUAAGCUUGGUGGAGUUGAACCGGCAAGAGGCGGCUCAUCGAGCGGGGUCGCAUCCCUUCGAACGAAGGGCGCCAUUCGAGAAGAGAAAUUUCAACGACGUUUGGGACAGUGUGAGUGGUGGUAGCCGUGAAGUGCAGCAGCAGGAUCGUCAGGUAGCGAUCAACAGGAAGCGAUCGGCAUCUUCCUUCCAUGCGUUGACCUCAAACGCGUUGACCGGUGAUGGGAGUUCGAGAAGUUCCAGAGUAGCUGCUGCUGCUUCAGAUCGCACCACGAAGCAGCAGCAAUCUGUCAACCCUCGCAGCAAGAACUACUUCGAGGAGCUGUUGAAUAACUACAAAAGUAGCUCUCCCUACUACAAGGAGCUGCACCAGGCGCGAAGCCCUCAAACGAAAGCGCUGCCACCGGGCAAAAGAAAUCAGCGAAGUUCUGCCGAAGUGUUCAGGAGUGUUUCGAAAGCGAAAGCACCACCGGCGGCGACCGACGGUGACCUCGACUAUCUCUAUGACGACGAGACGGAUGACAGCGUGCAAAACGAUGCUCCAGCUGGCGGCGCAAUGUCUACGAGUACUCCAAGCACAACUACCACGACUACCACGACGUCUACAACCACUGCCAGAAGCAUCGAGUCUUCGGUCGAUUCCGACGAAUCGAGCGCGAACGAAUCGAACGAUGGGACAUCGGAGGCGGACACCAGCUACAGCUCGUACUAUCAGAAAGCGUACGCAAUGCACUCGAAUCCGCGUCGAAACGGCAACAAUCGGUACAACAGCAUCGGCACAAGGCCACAGUCACCCGUGCAGCAACAGCAGCAUCAGUCGCACACCAAGCGACUCCUCCACAGCGAUAGGAUUGAUCCGGCCCAACAAGUGAGCUACCCCGGCCGAUACGAAUCACUCACCGACUACAAGCAGGCCAACUUUGGCUCGAAAGACGCCGUAGAACGAUCGUACAAUGCGUACAACAACAUCCACAGCGCACGGCGCGAAGCGAUGAACCAUCUCGAUCGGAUGCACACGGAAGGCAAAUGUCAGGUGCCGCGUCCGAAAAUCGUUCCCGCGUCAAACGAUAGGACGAAGAUCUUCACUCCCCACUGUACCAUACUGCACCGGUGCGAGGACGAUACCGGGUGCUGUAUGCCUCCGCUAACGUGCGCACCCAAAUCGACGACCGAGGUGAAGCUGUUCUUCUAUGUGAGUAAUGAUACCUCCGUGAAAAACGUAGGACCACGACAGCAAAACACGGUAACAACGCUUACCUUCACCAACCACACCGAGUGCCAUUGCGUACAGCUGGAUCCGGUGCACUUCGGACAGUCGGCCAGCAGUAGACCACAGAUACUGAGCUCGUUGGAGCAGAACGGUGCGGAAGGAAGCGGAGGCUCUAGUGGUGCUACUAGCAGGAUCAGCAAUAGCUGCACAUGUCCGCGCCAUUAUAAGUCGGUCUUCGACAGCGAGUCGCACUGCUAUUGUGACUGCCUGUCGAGCGAUCGGGACUGCAUUCGGUUUAAGGAGGGCUUUGAGAACUUUUCGAUGGAAACGCGAAAAUGCAUCCGGAGUAAAAAGUGUAAUGUCCCGCACUGUGAGUACGGCACGUACAACCGGCACGAGGGAAGAUGUCCGAAGAAGAGCGACCGAAUGAACGAACACUUUCCGCAGUAUCGGUGAAGAGAGCCGCCGGUCUAAACUCCACCGAACCCAUCCCGUCCAACCGGGGAACGGGUUCGGGCGAGGACAAACACGUGUCGCGGGCGUAAGAAGCUGGAGAGAGGGAGAGAGUCAAUCAUGUUCGUACAACGUUACCAAACCAUUGGAGCUAAAUUUUGUGCACAUCCGUACUGGUAUUACGCGGAUCCCCGGUUCGCCGCCGGUAGCGUCGUGUGGGCAAGAAGAUUUCAGUUUUUGUAUUUCUAGACUAGACUCUGGAGAACGUCCGACUGUGCUCUGAGGAAGGGGAAUCGUUUCCAUCUAAUUCGGGUGUUUGUGUUCCAGUGCAAACAUUCCGAAAAAGAAAGGUGAAAUUCUAUUCCCGGCAGGUGUAUUAUUGGGACCCCGUCGCGGUGUCUCCGCCAUGUUUAGCAAAUAUCCAUAAGCCUAACCUUAGUUGCUCAAUCACACCAGUUGUUCUUGCGAUGGGAGGUGGGUGGGGGUGUUAUCGACAAUCUUGGAAGCACUUGCCGCACAGUAACGAGCAACUCCUUGCGUUAUUUCGCUCGAAACAGAUUCAAUACACACAAACACACACACACAGGAUUUCCGUGUACUGCCGGCAGCUUUGGAAAGGAUUAGUGGGCGAAUUCGGGAGCUACAUAUGGAGGACGUAUAUUAAAUCGCAUGCUAGGUAGUUUAGCGUUAGUAGCCGUGGACGUUUAGACGAGUAUGUGUACAUAGCCGGAAGCUGAUUAGAAAACCCUUAGCGUGUAGCGAGAGGGAGAGCGAGCGAGAGUAGAGGAGAAAGUUAUGUUCAUCUUCCAUUUUUUCUAUUUAAUCCCGUGCUCGUUAAUGUUAAUCUGUUCGUUAACCACACCAGAGAGUUCAGAGAUCUAUCGUCGUUUUGCCGUUGCUGUUUUACUGCUGGCCACCAACAGCUUCGCUACUUGUAUCAACAAAACCAUCGAGCUUAUUCCAAUCAAAUGCCCUCCCUUAGACGCCAUCUUCUGUCCAAGCCGCACCACGUGGCUAUCAAUUAGGCUAUUCUGCACACAAAGAGCAAAACAAAAAAAGUCCCAAUAGGCAAACAGAAUACAGAUGUAGGCGACAUGGAACGUUCGAACAGGCGGCGGAUGGUGUGUCACCACUGCAUGGUACCCAACCCCCUGCGUUAAGCUUAGAAUGGCUAUUUAGACUAGAGCGAAAGAAACAACAAACUGCGAAAAGAACACGAGCGCUAGGGCCUUACGUUUUGCUGCUUCACACUACACAUUAAGGAUAGAUGCUAGUCACUUAAGAUUGAUAGUAUUACUACUCUUAUACUUUACCACUACGUAUCGUAAGGAAACGAAUUGAAUUCUACUCUGUCCAUUACCGUGUCACCGGGUAGUAAAUGCCGGUCGGCGUAACGAUCAACAUCAGCGCCAACAUGCAAACAAGUUCAUUAAUCAUACGCACCACACCCCGCCCAAUCACGGCCAACCCCACAAAGCAGCUUGUGACACCAUCGGGACGACUACCUAUGUACGCUCUCACUAGGUUUUAAACUCGCCGAAGGGUCCGAUUUCUUUAAUGAGCUAAUUUUUAAAAUAAAAAUAAAUGAACAAUUGGAUCGCACUUCAAACCACAA